AUGCGGUGGGCAAAGCCCGCACAGUUUGCCGUUUUUGGCUCAGCGGCUCUAUUCAUCAUCGUUCUCGUUACCCAUAUUGGCACCGCUCCGUCGCUCGGGGAGAUGCCAGACUGGGUUCCUUCGACAACAUCGUUUACAAACAGCAUCUCGAGUACUCUGGGAAGAGGAAACCUCAAGUCGGUGAUGGAGAAGAGUGAGAAACUAUGGCAGAAGACAGUUGAUCAACGACAUGCUUUAGUUAAGCAACUCCCGGGGAUGGAUUUCUUCCCAGCCCAUGAUACGCCCUCCUAUUUCGCGUUCCCAUUAUCAGUGUGGGAUCUGGUUCCUGCCAGUUAUAACUGCCCAUGGGAGGUUGAGCGUAUUGGCAGAAUGGGCGAUGGGGGAAAAUGGGUGUGCGGGAUGAGCAGAUACGAGAAGAACACUCGGCCUUGUAUCAUCUAUUCUUUUGGAGUCCAAAAUGAAUCCAGCUUUGAACAAGAAAUGCUUGAACGAACAAACUGCGAGAUUUGGGGCUACGACUUUUCCGUCGAGGAAUUUGGACCGGCGAUUGAAUCCAAUGUCAGACAUAGAACACAUUUUAUGAAGGCUGGAAUUGCCGCGCAGACCGACCUCGCUAAAAACCCCCCUUUCUAUUCAAUCCAAGACUUGAUGGAGAAGAAUGGCCAUGAUUACAUUGAUAUUCUGAAAAUCGAUAUCGAGUACGCUGAGUUCAACGCCCUCAGCGCCUUAAACACCCAUUCUCAAAAUGCCCAACAAGAUUUCCCUCUUGGCCAAAUGUUAAUUGAAUUGCAUUUGUUUAAAUCGCAAGGGAUUACAACCCAAGUUUUCUUGGAUUGGUGGGAGAGUCUGGAAUUCAGAGGCUUGCGAGCAGCUUGGACGGAGCCGAAUCUGCUUGCGGUCACUGUUGGGCUCGAAGAUAGGCAACCAAGAUUAGCUGAGUAUACGAUGCUAAACGUCAAGGAUAGAAGGAAUAAGUUGUUUUUGUAA